UCUUCCGGUGUUAAAGUUAGCCAAGAGUGUCUCGAGCAGUUCCAGUCGCUGAAACUUGGAAAGAAGACAAAGUACAUUAUCUUCACCCUGUCGCCUGACAACACUGAAAUUGUGGUAUCCAAGACGAGUGAGUCACAGGACUACGACGAGUUUUUGGCUGAAUUCCCUCCUGCGGAAUGUCGCUAUGCCAUCUACGACUUCGAGUACCAGAAGGGCGACGAGGGUAAGCGCAACAAAAUUUGCUUUUACACUUGGUACCAAAAGAUGCUCUAUGCUUCGUCCAAAGAAGCCCUGCGCAAAGCCCUUGUAGGGAUCGCCACUGAGAUCCAGGGAACCGACUUCAGUGAAGUGUCGUAUGAGACUGUCUUGGAGAAGGUAUCUCGCUCGACCUUCUAA